AUGAUUGGUAGUUAUGAAGUGGAAGUAAUGUUAGAUACAGGAGCAGCAGCAAGUGUCAUUUCAAUGUCCUUAUAUAAUGAACUCAAACAAAUAAUGAACAUACAAACAUUGCAAGUACAGAAUUGUCACAUUAUAAGUGCCACCGGUAACAAAUCAAAGAAUGUGAAAUUUCAAGUGCUAAUUAACUUCACAUUUUCAAAUAUACCACUCAAUUACAGUUUUCUGGUAGUAGACAAAUUAGUUAUGCAUUGCAUAUUAGGAAUUGACUUUUUGAAUGAAUAUCAAGCAAUCAUAGAUUUAGGAAAAGGGAAAUGUCAUUUAACCGUAAACCAACAACAACUGACAAUAGAGUUAACACAGGGUAAGUCUAGAAAGCAAUGUGAACCAUCCAAUAGCUAA